AUGGCGGAUGAGAUCCAAGACGACGGGCCCGGAACAGCUGGCUCGUCGUCCUACUUCUCCAAGGCCGCCACCUCGCUCCAGAAAUCGACAAGUGCAUCUAACUCGCGACCAAACGGGCAACAGUCCUCCCGACCACAGACGCAACCCGGUCUGGACCGUCAGAAUGGCGCAUCGGCUCCACCGAAGCCAGCAGUCGUGCAACCGAAACCACAGGCUCUGCCAAAAAGAAGUGGACCAUCUUCGAUCAUUGUCUCGCCGCGCCAGAAAGGAAACCCUGUCUUGGAGAAGAUCAGACAGAUGCCCUGGGAAUGGGGAGAGAUCCCGGCGGACUAUCUUCUUGGAACGACGACGUGCGCUCUGUUCUUGAGUCUCAAGUAUCAUCGAUUGCACCCGGAGUACAUCUACACUCGCAUCAAGAACUUGCAAGGAAAGUACCUACUUCGGAUUGUCUUAUGCAUGGUCGACAUUGAGAACCACGAGGAGAGCCUGAAGGAGCUUAGCAAGACCAGCGUCAUCAACAACGUCACGAUCGUCUUGUGUUGGUCCGCAGCAGAAGGUGCACGAUACUUGGAACUCUUCAAGACGUACGAGAACGCUGCACCGACGUCUAUCAAGCAGCACCAGUCUACCGCCUAUGCUGAUAGAAUGAUUGACUUCAUCACAACGCCACGCGCAAUCAACAAGACAGACGCCGUGUCCCUCGUCUCUCAGUUCGGCAGCGUCCGCGGUGCAGUGAAUGCACGACAUGAAGAAGUCUCAAUGAUAGCAGGCUGGGGCGAGAAGAAAGUCCAACAGUGGUGCAAAAGCGUUCAGGAGCCUUUCCGCAUUCAGCGAGCGGCCAAGCGAGGCAUCAAUCUGGAGAAUUUGGUUGCCAGUCAGCCAGCCUCGCGUGCUCCAACGCUGUCCCGGGACGUCACGAGAGCAGGAAGUGGAUCGCCAGCGGCUGAGCGACCGACAUCUGCGGCGCCUGAUGCAGAACGUAGGCCUAUGUCGAGAUUGGCUGAGGGAGUGUCUAUUGAUACCAAUACUCACGCUGACGACGAGGAUGCUUUGGCUGAAACGAUGACUGCUCCUGCAAUUCAGACAAAGAAGGCAAUGGCUCCGAGUGGCAAUGCUGACCAAGAGCAGUCUCGCAAGCGAAAGAAAGACGAUGAUUCCAUGAACGACGGCGUCAUGGCAGCAUUGAGUAGAUUGCGAAAGACUUGA